CUCCGGCGCCAUGCACCACGAAGAAGGAGAACAAAGCCUGCACAUUUCAGCUGCGUAGGAGCAUCUUGUGAUUGUGAAGCGUCUGUCGCGGCUUUAGGAGAACCUCGGGAUGGCAGACGUCACAACUACCGAUACACCUGACGAGGAGCCGAAGCAAGAAGAAACCACCGCGUCCGUCCUCUCUGAGACGGACGAGACUUCCCAGGAAACACCGAACGGCGUGAAAACGGACAGUGAAGAAAGUAAGCAAAGCAAAGAAAAGCAUGACGGCAAAGAGAAGUCGUCCAGCAGCAGAAGAGGAAAUCGCUUUCAUCCCUACAAGGAGAAACAUGGAGGGGAGAAGAAGGGCUCUCAAAGGAACCGCGUGUUCAUCAGCAAUAUACCUUAUGACAUGAAGUGGCAGGCAAUUAAAGAUCUGAUGCGUGAUAAAGUUGGUGAGGUUACAUACGUGGAGCUCUUUAAGGAUGCUGAAGGAAAGUCAAGGGGUUGUGGUGUGGUUGAGUUCAAAGAUGAAGAGUAUGUGAAGAAGGCAGUUUCAGCUAUGAAUAAGCAUGACUUAAAUGGAAGACCGCUCAACAUCAAAGAGGACCCUGACGGGGAACACGCUCGGCGGGCUAUGCAGCGCAUGGGAGGAGGUCAGCACGUGGGCCGUGGGCAGGACAUGGGUCCUGGUGGGAUGAACGUUCCCCCUUCGAUUGCCAACAACCCCAACAUCCCGCCUGACGUGAUCCACGCUCUGCAGGCCGGAAGACUGGGGAACACGGUGUUUGUGGCUAAUCUGGACUUCAAAGUGGGCUGGAAGAAGUUGAAGGAGGUGUUUGGCAUGGCAGGUGUGGUGAAACGGGCUGACGUAAAGGAGGACAAAGAUGGAAAGAGCCGGGGAAUGGGGACCGUUACCUUCGAGCAGCCUCUGGAAGCUGUGCAGGCCAUAUCCAUGUUCAACGGCCAGAUGCUGUUUGAAAGGCAGAUGCAUGUGAAAAUUGAUGAAAAGUCUCUUCCCCCUGAUGAUUUCUGUCCAGUAGAAAAAGCAACACCGUUGCCACGGGGCCUAGGUGGCAUUGGUAUGGGUCUUGGGCCUGGAGGACAGCCUAUAAAUGCAAACCGCCUUGGUGGAGGAGGAAUGGGCUCUAUGGGACCUGGAGGUAUGGAUUCAGGUUACGGAGGAAUUGGCAGACUUGGUGGAGGAAUGAGUGGGGGUGGAGGGUACGGCGGCAUGGAUAGCAUGGGCAGUAUGGGAGGCUUUGGAGGCAGAGACAUGGCACCAGUUGGCAGAAUGGGAGAUAUGUAUCGAUCAGGAAUGGGUGGAUUGGAUCGGGACUUCGACAUGCCCAUGAACCGUGGAUUUGGGGAUUCCUUUGGAGGAAUGGGUGGUGGUUUUGGAGGAGGCAUGGGACACAUGGGAAGUGGAUUAGGUGGUGGAAUGGGCAGUAUGUCCAUGGACAGAAUGGGCUCCAGCUUUGACCGAGUAGGCAUGUCAGGAAUGGACAUGAACCGUGGCUUUGGAGGCUACGGACACAUGGGUGGAGGCAUGUCAGACAGGGGAUCGGGAUCCAAAGGCGGCUGUCAGAUAUUUGUGCGAAAUCUGUCCUAUGACCUGACAUGGCAAAAGCUGAAAGACAAGUUUAGUCAUUGCGGUCCAGUAAUGUAUGCGGAAAUCAAAAUGGAGAAUGGAAGGUCAAAGGGUUGUGGGACGGUGAGGUUUGAUUGUCCAGAGAGCGCAGAGAAGGCCUGCAGGAUGAUGAACGGAACCAAGAUCAAUGGUCGAGAAGUGGACGUCCGCAUUGAUCGCAACGCUUGAGAGAUUUUUGUAGAACCCCAGUAACACUUUCAGGCCCCGUACCAAUCAUUGUUUUGUUUUAAAAACACUAUGACUUCAUUUGUCCCUGGUUUCAUUUUUGGUUAUAUACUACAUAGCUGUUUUACCUUUGUUUUAUAAACCCAGUUAUAAUUUGUCAGGCAGUUUAUUUGAACAAAUAAACUUUUUAAUUUU